AUGGGAAACAAACUGUGCUGCAUUAACAACGACUUGCAAAACAGCAAGUCGAGCAUAGAUAUAUAUAAAUAUGACCCGAGAGAAAUAUACGGAGAUUAUGACGACUGGACAUUAGAGAGCUGGAUCGACAAGUACAAAAAUGGAAACUCAAUUAAGGUAGCCUUUCCAGAUGGUAAUGAAAUUCAGUGCCACUUUAAAAUUUUUCUCAAGGAAAAAUGUUUUGAGUUAUCCCUGGACAAUAAAGUUCGAGUUAUCAAAUUUAAUGACAUAAAUUGUAUACUUCACAGAAACAGCUGCGAAUCGUUAUUAGAGUCAGAACAAAAUUUAUUAAAGUCCCCGAAGGUCAUAGGCAUCCGCUUAAUAAGUACACUUAAGGCCAUUGCGUUUGCCAUGGACAGCCCAGGAGAGGCAAGGAUGUUUUACGAAUUUAUAGAAAAGUACUGCCUAAAUGAUACCGAGCGGGAAAGGAAAAACAUCGAGAGGGAAAACAAAGACAUCGAGCGGGAAAACAAAGACAUCGAGCGGAAAGUUCCCCGGUACGCAUGA